AUGCAUAUAAGGGUUCAGAAUUGCAACAAUGUUUGGGCUUCAAAUCUUAUCAUUAGAGCACCAGGAGAUAGCCCCAACACUGAUAGAUUUCAUGUCACUCACUUACAAAAUGUUUUCAUAACCAACAACAUCAUUGGGACAGGUGAUGAUUGUAUUUCAAUAGUAAGUGGGUCCAAAAACAUUAGAGCUACAGAUAUAAUAUGUGGACCAGGACAUGGAAUAAGCAUUGGAAGCUUAGGACAAGAUAAGUCUGAAGCUCAAGUGUCCAAUGUAGCAGUGAAUAGAGCUACACUAAAAGGAAGCACUAAUGGGUUAGAAUUAAGACUUGGCAGCAAUAUUGCACUAACUAGAAAUAAGAAAAACAAUAGAAAAGGAAAACAAAAGCGUUCCAUCUUCUUCUUCACACAUUCCGCCGCCGAAUACCGCUCUCAGACGCUCCAAGUCCAAGUCCUUCAUCCGCUCCGACUCAAACCACUUUCGUGCACACCCUCCGCUGUGUUGUUCGUCACUCCGUCCAACUGCCUUCGUUCGUCGUCCGCUCGAUUCCAAAAACCCCACCCUAGAUGUACCGUACCACAUCCCACCGCCAUAAACUUAUAUACAUCGCCAUUUCUGAUCCGCAACAACGCUCAACACCUUCAGCAGCAACAUAACAACACGACGUGCUCAAAAUUGCAUUAUUGGUAA